CGACCCCUCCGUGUACAAAACUGCAAGACGAGAAAGCUGAGAUCUUUCUUCUUGGCUCAACAUACCCACCCUCUGAAAUGGGAGAUGGGGCCGUCUUAUUGGGCAGUAGGGGGUCGACCUGAAGACCCAUCCAGAAAAGCUGGAAAACCAGUCCAGACGUCCUCUGAUCAGCUUAUUCAAGCUACAAUGUGUGCAUUUACAGCCCAUUUUCUGCACUUACACAAUGUUUUUACACAAUGUUGGUAAUGACAAGACAGAUGCCACCUCUUUGUUUGAAUAAAAUAGCCUUCCUAGCCUAGUAAUUAGGUCGAACAAAAUCACCAAGUUCUUUCGCCUGAGAGAGGCAGUAUCUUGUCACAACCCUUAUUUGGCUGAAACUUUCUGAGACAGAACUGGAGAAGUUCUGCCCGAGCGAGUCCUGACUAAACUCUAGUCUGUUUUUGAGAUUUAUCAGCUUUCUUGCUGCGGAGCAGACGCACACACACUUCUUGUGUUGCUGGCAAAUCCCACAGCUUUUGGGGAAAGAGCGGAAAUAUUUGGCCUCACAAAACUGCCCGAAACCAGUGGUUUCAGCCAUGAGACUAAACCUGAUUCUGGCACUUUUACUCCUCGCCUGUCUGACCUUCAGCCUCGCAAAAGAUCAGAGACGUCCCUUGGCACGAGAUAGAAGACGAGGUGAUGGAGCAAAACGAGCAAGAAAACAGACAUCUAAUACCGCCUUGCAGCAGGGAAGAACAGCAGAAAGCAAUGGACAAUAUGGAUCUAUUUUCAUUGAGUCUUACAAGAAUACAAAGGGGCCAAAGCCAACCUAUGAAGCGAGUGCAGGAAAAACAGAGCACUGUGUAUUUCGAGGCAUCGCCAUGUAUGAUAAAACUGUUUGGUCGCCAAAGCCAUGCGUGAACUGCCUGUGUUCCAGUGGUGAGGUGGUCUGCGACCGAAUACUGUGUCCCACCCUGCAGUGCCAACUCAAAUUUCAGCCAAUCGAAGAGUGCUGCCCAAUUUGCAUUGACCCAGCUAUCGAUGACCCUGAGUUUUCUGGUGACCCUCCCGCUCCCAACAUUCUCGGAGAUCCCUAUGAUGAAAUAUCACAAAGCCAGAGAGAUAAGAAAGACAGACUAAAAAAGGAUGAAGAGGAACGGAUUCGCAAAAAAGAUGCUGAACGCAAGCAGAGGGAGAAACAGAAAAAAGAGGAAGCUGAGAGACAGAGAAAGUUAAAAGAGGCGAAAGAAGCCAGAGAAAAAGAAGAGGAGCUAAGGAGGCUACGAGAGGAGGAAGAGGAGAGAGCAGCAGCGGAAGAGAGGAGGAGAAGGAUGGAAGAACAGCGGAGGGCUGAGGAGGACAGGGCUCAUAGGCUGGAGAUGGAGCAAAGAGAGAUGAUGAGAGCUCUGGAAGAAGCAGCCGAACGUGCUCAGGAAGGACUCCGUGGAGACAAGGCCACUGAAGACGAGGACAUGGUUUGGUUGAGGGGGGACGUUUUCCAAAUGCCACCAGCUCCUCCAACGAGAGCAGCAGAUCCUACUCUUCUCUUAGCUCUCCAAGAGCCAAACGAACCGGGUGAGGAGGACCAUGAACUGGGCGAAGAGGAACCAGAAGUAGUCGAGGAGGAAUCUGAGAUGGUUACCACAUUGCUGCCUCCAGGUUGUUCGAUCUCUGACGUCACUGUCACCUGUGAAAACGCUAAACUGAUGGGUAUACCUCCACUGUCCAUCCCUGAGCUCAAAUCACUCAGCCUACAGGGCAAUGAAAUCAAAACCAUCCCUGUUGGAGCAUUCAAUGGCAUUCCCAACUUAGAGUGGAUAGACUUGGGGAAGAAUAAGAUUGUGUCAUCUGGCAUAGACCCACAAGCACUUAAAGGUCUUAAAUUCCUGUCUCGCCUGUACAUGGAUGGAAACCUUCUGGAACAAAUUCCCUCUGAGCUCCCAUCAACACUCCAGGAGCUCAAGAUAAAUGAGAACAAUCUAAAAGAAAUCGAGGAAAACAGCUUUGAAGGUCUCAGCAGUCUGGUUACUUUGGAAAUGGAGGGGAACUUGCUCAGUGAAGGUAACGUGAAUCCACAGGCCUUUAAGCCCCUCAAAGAGCUGACUUACCUUCGGCUAGGCAGAAACCAUUUCCGUUCCAUUCCUCAGGGCCUACCUGCAUCUCUACUAGAGUUGUACCUUGAAAACAACCUGAUUGAAGAAAUCUCUGAAAUGGCAUUCAACCACACCACAAACAUCAACGCCGUUGUGCUAAGACAUAAUAAAUUAGAUGAGUCAAGUAUUGCACCUUUAGCCUGGAUUAAUCACAGGAACCUGGAAUCUCUAGAUCUAUCACACAACAACUUCUACCUGGUUCCAUCCUUCCUGCCAAAGUCGCUAAUUCACCUGGUGCUGGCCGGGAAUCAGAUCGAACGCAUUCCAGGAUACGUAUUCGCACACAUGGAGCCUGGUCUGGAGUACCUCUACCUCUCUUACAACAAGCUGGACGGUGACGCUAUCGAGCCUGAGUCUUUCUUUGGCACCUUCAACACUAUGACCGAACUCUGUCUAGACCAUAACCAGCUUACGUCUAUUCCCAUGGGAAUUAAUGAGAUGACAACGUUACAUUUCCUACGACUUAACAACAACAAAAUAAGGCACAUAUCAGAAGAUGCCAUCUGUGACCCCUUGAAUGAGGAUGACUCUCAUCUAGUCGCCCUUCGCCUCGAGAACAAUUUCCUUGAUCCCCGGAAAAUCCCACCGACGGCUUUCUCCUGCGUCCGCUCCUACUCUAGUGUUGUGUUAAAGCCUCAGAGGAUUAAGUAACUGCAAGCUUCUGUGCUAUUACUAUAAACCACUAAAGACCGUAAACAUUAAUAAAGUAGAUUCCUUCUGAAAUGUGCACUUAUCAUUUUUGCCUCCCAAAAAAAGAGAAAUUGUCCCAAAAAUUGCAUUAAAUCUCUGUUUGGCAUGUUUAUUUUCAGUCUUGUUUUAUUUUAUAUUUUUUUCUUUAUUUAUAAGUCAGAUAAGACUGAACAUGAUCAACGCCUCGAGAAUCAUGUCUGAAAUGCUGUCGUUGUUCGUGCCUGUCUAGACGUGUUUUUGUAAGAUGCAUGAAUCAACUGUAUAAUAGUUUAAGAGGAGAAAAAAUAGUAGACUAUAACUUUGUAUUCUGCAUUGAAAUUGAUCUCAUUCUUGUCAACGGUAUUAAGUUUUUCUGUUGUAGUGAAGAAAAACAGGAUGGCAUGGCUUAUAAAGUGUUUAUAAAAGAAAACUCAAAAAUCAACCAAAAUCAACCUGCUUACAUAAUGCAUUUUUUUUUUAACUAAGACUGUACCAAUAAGGACAUUUACUACUGAGAGAACUGUAAUAUAUAAUUGAAAGAUAUCUACAUGGUUCAAGUCAUUUAAGUGACCAGUUUUGUAUUUGCCUAGGUUAGAAUUCAGUGGGAAAAUCAAUACAGCUUUAAUAAAAACUUUUCCAAUGUAUUUUUCUAUUCGCAUUAACACUCGUUUUAUCCAAAUGUGAGUGUUAAAUUAAACUAUUACAUAAACAGA